AAUCAAUAUGCCAAAAGAAAUGACAAAAUAUACACGAUUAGAGAAUAUGUUAAAUGAGAAUUAUCAUAAUACUUUUGAAACGUUUCAAAGCGAAUUAAAUGAUAUUUCUCAAAAAUAUUUCAAAUGGACAGAAGAUAUGUUAACAUUGGUUCAUACGAAAAAAGAAAGAAAACGAAAUAUGCAAAGAAUUAGCGAAGAAAAAACAGAAUUUAACAACGAAAAAGAUAAGCGUGUAACACGAAAAGCGUCCAAAACAGCUGAAGUAGAGAUUAAAAAAGAAAAACGGUCCGUACAACAUGAUCAAAACAAUUCUAAACUGGUAAAGGAAAAUAAAGAAAAUGAAUUUCCAAGGGAUGUUGACGUUCGAAUAACUAGACAAAAUAAAAAUUCAAAAACAUUCAAUUUGAACAAUAGUUUAUUAACGGUUGUUGUAAAACAAGAACCGGAAGAUCAGGAUCAUGGAAAUAAAAUUGCAAAGACUACAAAUUCAGCAAAGAGUAAAAAAUUAUCGAAUUCAAGUAAUUUUGACGAGAAUCUGAACAAUAGUUUAGUAAAGGUUGUUGUAAAACAAGAACCAGAUAAGGAUCAUAGAAAUAAACCAGCAAAAACUACAGCGAGAAAUUCAAGAAACAAAUCGAAUUCAAGUAAUUAUGACGAGGAUGUUCAAAUUCAAAAUUUAGAACCAGAAUUAGUCAUACUUAAUGACAGUUUAGAAGAAACUGUUAAUAAUGCCCCAAAAAAUAAUCUUAAAUCAAUUGAAAAGAAUGCAUUCAAUAAAAAUUCAAAUUUGCAAAGUAAUGGAAUUGUAGAAAAUUUAAGUGAAGAAUUACAUCAAAAAUUCACUGAAAGUAAGGGCCAUAAUAUGGCUACACAAAUUUUGAAUAAGGUUCUGAUGCAAGUUUUAGAUAAAAGUUCAGGAAGAGUUGGCGCGUCAAACUGUAGGACGCCGAUCAAAGAAUCAAAUGGAAAAACAUCUUAUUUGAAAAAUCAACAAUUAUUAUUUAAUCCGUUGGAUUCAGUUAAGAAAAAAGUUGAAGCUUUGGAGAAAUUAAACUCAGGUGAACUUAAUUAUACACCUUUAAAAACUACCAGAGUUACUCGAACCAAAACUAAAGCACUUCAACUGAAUGAUGAAAGUAAAGACAAGUUCAUUGAAAAGGAUUCUAUGAAAUCAAAUGUAAAUAAUAUAAUAUCACGUCUUCAAGAUAAACAACCUACAGACGCCGAAAGAAUAUUAAAAAAAGAUACAAAAAAGAAAAAUGGAGUUUCUGUCACAAAAGUCGUAGAACACAUAUCGAAGAGCGAACCAUUGAAGAGGUCAUUACGAACACGAACUGUUCAAGUAAAUAAAGAAAGUGAAAUAUUGAAAAAAACAAAACCAGUUGAAAAAAAGAAUGAUAAAAAAAAUGAAGCAAAACGGAAAAGAAUAAUUAAAAAAUCCCAACAAAAUGAAAACAAUACGGAAAUUAAAAAAAUGAAAAUUAAAGAAUCGAAAUCAACUGUAAAAACUGAAAAGUUCAUAAAAUCUAAAACAGUUUUAGAUAUUAAUACUGAUGAUGAAACUGAAGAUGAAGAAAAUACAAAGCGUACGAUACCAAUGUGGAGUAAACCCAUGUACCGUCAAAUUCAAUUAGAUAAACAAUUUUAUAUUCCAAGAAAUAUUUGUGAUACUCUGUUUGGAUCAAAACCAACCAGUAUUAAUUUAAAAGAUCUAUUUCCUGAAAUCACUGGUAAUCGAUUGAAAAGACGAUCUAGUGCGAUUUGGACUACACCACCUCGUUAUUCUUUAAUGCCAAAAUAUUAA